UCAUAUACCCCUGUUUCUUUUUUGUGUAUACUCUCGUACCUUGAACAUACCACACUUGCCUGGAGUCUGACAUUCCCGCUUUCCUCAUCUCAUGACCCGGUCCACCGACUCGACGCGUCCUUUCAACCUCAGCGACGUGGUCUCUGCUCAGCAGCAGCAGCAGCAGCAGCAGCAGCGCAAGAGGUCUGUGGACCAGAGCGAAUUGGAUGGCCCCCAGCAGCAGCGCAUGAGGGCUGUGGACCAAAGCGAAUCGGAUGGGCCCCAGCAGGAGAAUGACCAGCCCCAGAAGCCUUUGGAUCUCGCUACUCUUGUCGACCGUGUGCGACAGGUCCAGAAGACCGACCCAGACUCACUCCGGGCACCCAUUCUAGACCCAGCAUCCCCUGCCAAACAGCCUCAGUCUGAUACUUCAUCAGAGCAGCACCAGCAUUGGUACUCGUCCGUCCUUUCUCGCCUUCCUCACCAGUUUCGACACCUCCAUGAUUCGGAGAGCAGUACUUCUAUCCAGGAAUAUCAUCAACCAGACUUAGCCUCGAAUGAAUCCCACGAUCCUUCGUCACCACGAAGGGAAAUGACGACGGUCGAUCAUGUCGCGAGCGCGUUCGCGAGCACCUCGCGCGCACAAAAUCUGGAGACCAUUGACUUCACGGUCGAGUCCUUGGCAGUGACGGGCGCAGCCGCACCUGCAUUUUUGCUCAGAACGGAUGAGAAAGGGCGUCGACCUCCGCCGAUUCUCUUUCAGCUUCUCAGGAUUGGAAUUGUCGACUCAGAAGUCGUCCCCGAAAUCAGCAGGCAAAUCAUCUUUCGCAUUGAGCUGCAAUAUGGUGAUAUCAAAUGGGUCAUUCGCCGCACGCUCUAUGAGUUUUACAAACUACAUUUGACCCUAUCCGCGAAGCGCUACGAAAACCUUCCCAGGUAUCCUGGGCGGUCUCAAUGGCCAAGGCAGGGUUGCGAAUGAAGACUGAUGACAAAGACGCCAUUGUGCGGGAGACCAAUUUGGCUCGUCGAAAAGCUCU